AUGCGCGGCACUCUCAUCUUCGCGGGCUCUUCCUGCCCAGUCCUCACUACUCAGAUAUGUGAGAACCUGGGCAUGGCUCCUGCCGAGGCGGAGCUUACCCAAUUUUCCAAUGGCGAGACGAGCGUACGAAUCUUGACUAGCGUCCGAGAGAAGGAUGUCUUCGUCGUCCAAUCUGGCAGCGCCAAGGUCAACGACACCAUCAUGGAGCUGUUGAUCAUGAUCUCGGCCUGCAAUGGCGGCUCGGCCAACAAGAUCACUGCUGUACUGCCGUACUUUCCCUACAGCCGCCAGUCCAAGAAGAAGUCACACCGUGGUGCGAUCACAGCGAGAAUGCUUGCGAAUCUUCUCGGCGUCGCUGGCGUCAAGCACGUCAUCACCGUCGACCUCCACGCGUCCCAGAUGCAGGGAUUCUUCAAGUGUCCUGUCGACAACCUUCACGCCGAGCCGUUGAUUGCUAGGUGGAUCCGUCACAACGUGCCCAAUUGGAAGGAGGCUGUCGUCGUGUCCAAGAACGCUGGCGGAACAAAGCGUGUGACAUCGCUUGCGGACGCGCUGAAGCUCAACUUUGGCAUGGUCACUACGGAGAAAAACCGAAAGGGAACCAACAUGACCUCAAGCAUGAUCAUGCACCACCUGGAUGGUCUAGAUCGGGAGCCAGUGCUGGAGGGCAGUCGCCAGCCCGCAUCGGCGCGGCCAUCCACGCCUCCUCCCGUUGGUCGUGCUGCUAGGGGUCACAUAGUGGAUGACGACUAUCCAUCGCCGGCUGCAUCGACUGUGAGCGGCAGCGUCCGUGACGACGAUCCCAUGGCCAUGUCCCAUGCCUCCUCCUUCUUUGCCCCCGAGCCUCAUGCCCUGGGAGGCUCCGGAGAUGCCGCCCCAGAGUCGGACGAAGAGGACGAGGUCUUGAAGGACCCCAAGGUCGAGCAUAUGAUCACCCUCGUCGGCGAUGUUAAGAACAGAACUGUCUUCAUUGUGGACGACAUGAUUGACAAGCCGAACUCAUGGAUUGCCGCGGCCGAGACCGUCGUCAAGAAGGGGCAUGCUAAGAAGGUUUAUUGCAUGGCCACUCACGGUGUCUUUGGCGGCGAUAGUCUUGAGCAGUUGCAGAAAUGCGAGUGCAUCGACACCAUUCUGGUGACUAACAGUUUCCCCAUCCCUGAGGACCAGGCCAAGCGUGCAUCCAAGCUCGUUGUUCUGGACCUCUCCUUCCUCCUUGCCGAGGCCAUCCGUCGAAACCACUACGGCGAGUCGAUUUCCCCCCUGUAUCAACACAUUCUGGACUAG